AGAUUAUAAAACCACAAAUGGGAUCCCUCCGAAGCCACCCUUUCCUCCACUGAUCAUCCUCCCUUUAGUUUUCUUUCCCAACCUUUAGCCAUGGUGGAUAGGGAUCAGGUGAGGCCUCUAGCACCGGCUUCGGACCUCCCAAGCAGCGACGAUGGAGAGGCUGCUUUGCAGUUGAAAAAAGUUAAACGGAAAAAAUGCAUCAAAUGUUGCGGUUGCGUUGCAGCUCUAAUGAUCAUCCAAGCUGUUGUGAUCAUAAUCUUAGUUUUCACUGUGUUUCGAGUCAAGGACCCAGUCAUCAAAAUGAACGGUGUCGCAGUUACACACCUGGAGCUAAUCAACGGUACAACUCCUAAGCCGGGCUCCAACAUCUCCUUGAUAGCCGAUGUUUCGGUCAAAAAUCCUAACGUAGCAUCGUUCAAGUAUAAGAACACCACCACAACUCUUUACUACUAUGGCACAAUCGUUGGGGAGGCUCGAGGCCCACCGGGUCGUGCCAAGGCCCGCCGGACCAUGCGCAUGAAUAUCUCAGUUGAUAUCAUCACGGAUCGGCUCUUGGCCAGCCCAAAUUUGGUUGCCGAUGUGAGCUCUGGGACUUUGACUAUGAGCAGCUACUCAAGAAUUGGAGGAAGGGUCAAUAUGUUAAAUAUUAUAAAGAAGCAUGUUACUGUAAAGAUGAACUGUUCCAUGACAGUUAACAUCUCCAGCCAGGCAAUUCAAGAACAGAAGUGCAAGCGAAAGGUUGACCUCUAGGCUUUAGGGUAUGUUUCCUGUUGCCUUGACCGCCGUGUAUGUGUAUAUACAAACCCAUAUAUACAAACCAAUGUGAUAGAGUACUAUAUAGUUACAUGAACAUGUGGUAUGAUUAUAGUUUAUCUUGUAGAAGCUACAUUUGUAUUGGGGUUUUGGUUUAAUUUAACAGGAAAUCUUUUGGGGUUGGGUCUUAGACUUCCUUGUACAAUCGACUUUUUUGCUUGUUUGAUACAAGGUUUGAUCAAUUCAACAGCAAAUGGACA